UAGAAUUGAUAUCUGAUGUUUCAUCUGUUUCCUGCUGUCUUCAAUGUCUUAACCUUUUGGUGGGGACAUGUCUUGAUGAGCCUCAGCCUUUGGGUCUCAGACACUCCUCAUCUCAUAAAGAACAGGGCCUUCUGGAUGCUGAGGAUUUCAAUGAUUGCCUCCUCCGAUGGUGAACGGGGCGCUUCUCUUGCUUCCUUUCUUUUUUCUCUUUAAAUGAUUCAUGUACUUCAGAGGCUGAAAAUUUGCAGAACAUUAACCAAAGCCGAUGCCUAUCUUGCUUUGCCGAGCCAUUUUCCAUAAAAAGAAGGAUGGUUUCGGAAUUGUCUUCGUAAAGGGAGAUUUCGUGGGAACAUGAUCAGUCACGCCGAAAGAUUCUUUUCACACGCCUUCGCCCCGGCGAUGCGGUCGUUUGAUUUCCAUGUGUGGUUUUGCUCUCACAUCAAGAGGAAUCGGCAUCUCUGAUAGGUGGUUUCGUGCCGAAUCCGGUGAUAUAUUAUGUGAACCCACCAAAGAAAGUAACGUUUCUGCAGACAUGAUAUGAAGCGUUAAGUCCUAGCCUCACACAGAGACAGAUCAGCCGUGGUAGUUUCUAAUAAAGAACAAGCACCGAGCUAGAGAAUCGAAAUCAAGAAGAAGAAGCAAGCUUCUGAUUUUGCCCAGUCCACCGCCAAAUAUAUUGCUAAGUUCAGCGCGGGACUGGAAAUGAAGCGGUAACUAUGAACUGCAUGCAAAAGUUACACCUCAACUGCUAGAAUGUUGAAUUGCGAAGCCAGUUGAGGACUUGUAAAGGCCGCUAGAAGCUGCGCGCGCGCGUCCUUCCCGGUCCUCUCGCAUUAGCGGAAAGGUUCUUUCUCAAUUCUUCAUAUCGAGACGCACAGAAUCUGCACAAAUGGCCAGAUGGCAUCUUGCGUGCCUAGCCUGCCUGCCAUAACUUCUUCUGACCAAAUGGAAAGAGAGGCGAUAAGGAAAAGGAAAUAUUCCCGCUAGCUUUACAGCCCGCCAAAUAUUCCUGUUGGAACUUCUUUUUCUUCUUUCCCAAUAUAAAAGGCAAGAAUUCUUCCCAGUUGCCCCCCAAAGAAAAGCCUGCUCAAACAUCUAAGCUAAGCUCUGUGAGAUGAGCACUUGCAGGCAGCUCGAUAUUAAAACCGACGAUCAUGCCCCCAAAAAGUGGUCGGUAUUGUUGAACGAGGAAGUAUUCAAGCAGUUCUACAGCCAGGGUGGUUCGGUGGUCCACAAGGUUUUCGGCGACGGGUCGCUGUUUAGCCCCUUUUUGUUCGGGAAGUUCUUUGAUCCGUCUGAUGCUUUCCCUCUGUGGGAGUUCGAUUCAGAUGUGUUGUUGUCCAAGUUUCGCAGCUGCGGCCAGAGCACUGUCGACUGGUUUCAGACCGAUAAUGAUUACGUGUUGAAAUCGGAAAUUCCAGCAGCUUUAGGGGAAAACAGUGCUCAGAUUUAUACCGAUAAUGGAAAGGUGGUGGAAAUUAGUGGGCAAUGGAAUCCACAGAGAGAGUCCAAGACAAAGGAUUGGAGGUGUGGACACUGGUGGGAACAUGGAUACGUGCGGAGGCUUGAGCUGCCAGAUGAUGCAGAUUGGAAAAAAAUAGAGGCAAAGUUGAGUAGUGAGAAGUACCUAGAAAUCAGAAUCCCGAAAGCCAAUUCGCAUUCUGACACCUUGCCGGGAAAGAGCGGGGCAGCGGAUGUAUCUGAACCGAUGUAAGUACUAAUUAAUGUGUACCGCCUCUGUAACAAAGCAUUAAAUCUGACUAAAAUCGCAUCGCAUAA